AUGGCCAUAUUGCUAUCCCCAGAUCAUCAUCUGAUUGAAUUCCCUGCCACCAUACUACCAGAGGGAAUCACAACAGGCUCAAUCGUAAAUCUCACCAUAGAAAGAAACGAAGACGAAGAACGCCGCCUCCGUGAAGAAUUCGUCACCAUACAGGAAGACAUAUUCAAAAACUUUUGCACACCACCUGAAGCACCAGCCAUAUCAGUCAAAUCAGUCACCCAGACUUCCGUAACGAUACAAUGGAAACCACUCAAACUCCACUCGGCUGAUUUACGCGGUAUAGACGUGUAUCGCAGUGGCCAGAAACUGUCGAUUCAGGUAUCGGGAUUCUCAACGUCGUGUAAAUUGUCGGGUCUGGAUGUAAACCAUGACUAUGAUAUCUGGAUCUCACUGCGUACGUCGGCUGGUGCGUUGACGUCGAAUCGUGUACAGGUUAGGACGCAUACGUUGGAGAAUCUGAGGGGUAUCAAUGUAUGUUUUGCGGCUAUACAGUCGGAUGGGGAGAUGGAUUCGCUUAUUGCAUUGCUCAAACGUAUUGGGGCUUCAUAUACCGAGGAAUUGACGACUGAUAACACGCACUUGGUCUGUUCUCAGCCACGAGGGCCAAAGUAUGAGCGCGCUGUCGAAUGGAAUAUACCGGCCGUAUCGCCAGAUUUCUUGAGAGCGUGUGAAAAUGCUAAUCGCAUUCAACCAGCUCACUCGUAUUACGUCGUCCCUACAGGCAGGUCCGGGUCUGGAGAUGGGCGAUAG